AUGGAUUCCAACGCGACGACCUUCACUUCGGUGUUGGCCAAUGCCAAGCUCGGCAAUGUCAACAUCCCCCCUCAAGUCGACUACGUGAUCGAGAAAGUGGCCAACGCCAGCAUCGUGACGAUCCUUUUCACGUUGUUGGCUCUCGCUGUCGCAUAUGACCAGAUCAGCUACAUCACUUCCAAGGGCUCCAUUGCUGGCCCUACCUUCAAGAUGCCCUUCAUCGGCCCCUUCUUGGAGUCUGUGAACCCCAAGUUCUCGGAGUACAAGGCCAAGUGGGCCAGCGGCCCUCUCAGCUGUGUUUCUGUCUUCCACAAGUUCGUCGUCAUUGCCUCAACCCGCGACAUGGCCCGUAAAGUCUUCAACUCUCCUGGCUAUGUCAAGCCUUGUGUCGUUGAUGUCGCCCACAAGCUCCUCGGUCCCACUAACUGGGUGUUCCUCGACGGCAAGCCGCACGUCGACUUCCGCAAGGGUCUCAACGGCCUCUUCACCCGUCAGGCCUUGGCCUCUUACCUGCCCGGCCAGGAGGCAGUGUACAAGCAGUACUUCCAGGAGUUCCUCCAGAUUACCAAGGAUGCCGGCGGCGAGGCCCGUCCUUUCAUGCCUGCUUUCCGCGAUGUCAUGACCGCUGUUUCAUGCCGCACUUUUGUCGGCUACUACAUCUCCGACGAGGCCGUCCGCAAGAUUUCAACCGACUACUUCCUCAUCACCGAGGCUCUCGAGCUCGUCAACUUCCCCCUUAUCCUGCCAUUCACCAAGCCCUGGUACGGAAAGAAGGCCUCCGACAUGGUUAUCGGCGAGUUCGCCAAGUGCUCUGCCAAGAGCAAGGUUCGCAUGGCUGCCGGAGGUGAGGUUACCUGCAUCAUGGACGCCUGGGUCAAGUCCAUCCUCGAGUCCAAGAAGUGGCGCGAGGCCGAGGCCGCUGGCAAGACCGAGGGCCUUGAGAAGCCCCACCCCCUUCUUCGCGAGUUCUCCGAUUAUGAGAUCGCCCAGACUGUCUUCACCUUCCUCUUCGCCUCCCAAGAUGCCACCAGCAGUGCCGCCACUUGGCUCUUCCAGACCAUGGCCCAGCGCCCCGACAUUCUCGACCGUGUCCGCGAAGAGAACAUCAAGGUUCGCAACGGCGACCGCCAUGCCGAGUUGAACAUGGACCAGCUCGAGUCCUUGACUUACACCCGUGCCGUCGUUCGCGAGUUGCUCCGCUACCGCCCUCCCGUCCUGAUGGUGCCCUACGUCGUUAAGAAGCCCUUCCCCAUUACUCCCGAAUACACUGUUCCCAAGGGCGCCAUGGUCAUUCCUACCGUUUACCCUGCGCUCCGUGAUCCCGAGGUGUACGACCGCCCCGACGAGUUCGACCCCGAGCGUUACUACACCGGCGACGCGGAGGAAAAGGGCGCCAAGAACUUCCUCGUUUUCGGAACCGGCCCUCACUACUGUAUCGGCCAGACCUACGCUCAGCUCAACCUGGCGUUGAUGAUCGGAAAAGCCUCCGUCAUGUUGGACUGGGUGCACCACCCCACGCCCAAGUCGGAGGAGAUCAAGGUGUUCGCUACCAUCUUCCCCAUGGAUGACUGCCCUCUUACCUUCAACGAGCGCACGGCAUAG